AGAGGCAAGAGUUGAUCGAUGCUGGCUGGCGGCCGAGCGACUAGUCGGGCCCGAGUCCCUAGCGCCGUUUGGUCGCCGCUGGUUGCCGGCGCGACGCGUGCGCCUAUUUUUGAACGUCUAUUUUCAGAUUGUUGUAUUUGACUCGAUAUUUUCGUUGAGUGGCCGCGUGAGAACGUGGAAUUGCGUGAGAGCCACGGCAUUGGGGCGCCACCGACCAGCGCCGGCUCCGGAAGACAGCAGCAGCGGCGCCGGACUUGUAGGCGCCACCACUCCGCAAUCGACUGUCUUCACCGGGAGCCCAGAGGCAUUCAGCUGUCGUAGCUCGACUUGCCCACAGAAACUGACACAAUGGGCCGCAAGAAAAUUCAAAUAUCUCGCAUCACCGACGAGCGGAACAGACAGGUAACAUUUAACAAACGGAAAUUCGGCGUAAUGAAGAAGGCUUACGAGCUGAGUGUUCUCUGCGACUGUGAAAUAGCGCUCAUUAUAUUCAGUUCGUCCAAUAAGUUGUAUCAGUACGCCAGCACGGACAUGGACAAGGUGUUGCUCAAGUACACCGAGUACAACGAGCCUCACGAAUCGCUCACCAACCGAAAUGUCAUCGAGGCGCUAAACAAGAAGGAGCACAAGAAUGGCGGCCUCAGUCCUGAGAGUCCGGAGCCGGAGGACUUUCUCACUCCACGCUCCGCCGAGCCCAAGUACAGCAAGAUCGAGGAGGAAUACCAGGUUCUGAUGCAGCGCAGCAGCCAGCUCAACGGCAACAGGGUCGGUAUUCCGUUGGGCGCCUACCAGCUGGGCGGAGGCAGCGGCGGCAGCGGUGGCGGCGGUGGAGGAGGUGGCGGUGGCGGCGGCGGUGGAGGCUCCAAUAGCGUGGGAGUCAGCAGUCCUUACGGGUCCGGCGAUGGUGGUGGCGGCCCUGCGCUAAUGCAGGCGUCGCCUCAGAUGCAGCACUCGCUCAGUCCUCGGCCCGGCUCGUCACAAGGUCUGCUCGACAUGUCGAACGGCUACCCGAACUCGACCUCGCCGCUGCCUGGCUCCACGUCCCCGAGCAUGUUCCACAAGGUGUCCCACAACAUGAAGCCGCAGCACUCUCCGAACAGUGUCGGCCAGAGCCCGCAGAUGCCUCCGCGCGCCGGCGCCGCCGCUACCAUGCCGUCGGCUCCGUCCGGCCUGGCGCCCGGUCUGGGCUACCCGGGCGCGUUCGGCGGUCAAGAGUUCGUCAGUCCCGACGGCCAGCUGGCCGGCCUGAACUCGCUGCACCCCUGGAGUACCUCGGUCAACAUCAGCGUCGGCGGCGGGCCGCACUCCAACAUGCCGCAUCACAACGUGCCCCACGUGUCCGUAUCGAGCAGUUCUCCGCCGCCCGUCGGCUCCGACCUGUCCCCAGCGCGCAUCAUCAAAUCUGAGCCGGUGUCACCUCCGCGGGACGGGCACACGCCGAACGGGCUGCACCACCUGCGGCCGGGCGGCAGUGGCCACCUCUCGCCGUCCCACCUGCCGCCGUCAGCGCCAGGCAUGGUUCACCCUGUGCAUUUAGCACCAGGGAACCCCGGUCAUGGCCACAGCUCACCGGAACCAAGCUUAAGUGACUACGAGCCCGGGCCAAUGCAUAAACGCCCUCGCAUGGCCGACCCGUGGGCCACCUAGCGCCAGAAUGGUGAAGCAGCGUUUGCAGCGACCUCCGCCAGAGGCGCGUGUGUCGACUGGCGAUACGGGUUUGCUUGCCGUGGCCUCACGGCCUCGGUUUGAGCGCAGCUAUGCGAGACACGGAAGUGACGAGACACAGAAGAGUAUCUAUUUUCUCAGGUGUGCGCCGGUCGGGGGCGAGUGAGAAGGGGGCUUUCGAGAGUUUGCUAGACGGAAGACCCCUGUACAUAGCGGGGAGCCGGUCGGCGCCGGGUGGCGCCCAGCCGAGCAGAUCUCAGCGGCGCCGGCGGCCGGCCCCCAGCGCGCUCCAUAACGGGGCCUGCGGCGCUGCCCAGCCGGCCCAGCAGAUGUUGUAUCCAUGUGCUCAAUCUCCCGACUGCUAGUUCUCUGCGCUCCGCACUGUACAAAUUGUGUUGUUGUUAGACAUGCACUCAAGGACGGAAGCUAUUUGUUGCUGUGGUUGUAAGCUAUGGCGCUGUCUGUUCACCCAGUAUAGUUAUGCACAUGUACAUGUUUCCAGGCCGACGUAGCGUCGGCCAACAGACGUGCCCCUCCCCUGGACGGCCGGCGCGCGCGCUGACAAUCAGUGCUGGCCGCUGGCCGCCGGCCGGCCGGCCGGGCUGCAGCUGCCGUUUUGUGCUCUCCCACUAUCCUGUUGGACCGGGACGCUGUCCGCCGUCCCCUGUCCCCUCACGGCCAUAGAAGAGGAAUCAAAACCGCCGGCUGGUGGCGUCUGCUCGGCCGGCCCCUGGUCGCUCGCUGGCGUCGGUCUUCAGUACAAACGGGCAGGCUGGGUGCGGUCAGCCCGGCCGAGCCGGCGCCGGACGGCGGCGCCCACCGCGCGUCCACUCCCCGUGCCGAGGCCGACAGAAUGUCCCUCUUGCCUCCGGUUGAAGCGUUGCACUCUCCCGUGUGGCGCUAUGAGCCUAAAAUUGUUACUAUUUUUACUAUAGGGUAUGUAUAAAGUUAGUUGUUUAUACAAGUCGUUGGCCUUACCCAGUGGUCGGAAGCUUUAACGCUACUUGAUAAAAUUUCAGCUUGUGACGAAGUUGUUACCACUGUUGUCGGAGAGCUUUGUUUCGUGCGCUUGCGUUGUGUUUAGUUGACCUGGCCGCCUCGUGGGCUGGCCAUUAGCAGGUGUGUGCGGCAGAGCAGGCGGUCGGCGGCGGCCCGUGCCGCCCCGCCAGCCGGCAGCCUUGUAAUGUAGUCGUGCUUGGUUUGUCCCGCCGGCGUAGAGCUGGUGUUUGUGCGGCCUGCAUGGCCCGCCAAACCCCUGUCGUACACUAGGGCACACAGAGGCGGCAGUGGCCUUCACUGCUGUUCGACACAGAAACACAGACACUGACAGACGCGGCAGCAAUUUGUCCCACACUGCUGCCCGACAUAUACCAUAGACAGACGCAGCACUGCUGCCCGACAUACAACCAGACAGAAAGGGCAGCAGCCUUCACUGCUGCCCGACAUAAACCACAGAUAUGGCGAUGACCUAUUCGCCUGCCGUCACGGAACACACUCACUCUGUCUCUGCCAUCAAUCACGGACAUUUUUGACUGUGUCGGCCGACCGCCGUCCGGGGGGCGCGUUGUGCUAUGUUCGAAAGUUUUCUAAAAUAAAACAAACACCAA